AUGAUAUCCUCAUUUUCUCCCUUCGUUUGUGGGAAGAAAUGCAGAAUAGCUCUCUAUGUAACUGAGGUUUCACCUGCUUUUGUUAGGGGUACUUAUGGAAGCUUAAUCCAAAUUGCUACAUGCCUUGGGAUCAUGGGGGCUCUUUUAGUUGGAAUCCCUGUCAAAGAUAUUGCUGGCUGGUGGCACAUUUGUUUUUGGGUAUCUACAAUUCCAGCUACAAUACUUGCUCUUGCCAUGAUUUUCUGUGCAGAAAGUCCUUCUUGGCUGUAUAAGGUUUGCAUGCAUUCAUCUUUUGCACAGAAGAUAACAGCUUUAUGUUUGACUAGCAAAAAGAAGAUGGUCUUCAGACUUUUUUUAUUAUGUUUUUAUUUUCACGAGGAGAGUUAGUUCCAUUUGGUUAUGUAUCCAUUUCAUCUCUUUUUUGAACAAUGAUAAAUUUCCUGGGAUUUUUCUCACUUUGGCUGAGACCUUCUCCUUUUGUCUAUCGUAUCUUUUUUCCUAUUCUUAAACAGAACAUACAUGAAAGCGACU